AGUUGCGCAGCUUCAUUCUCCGCUGCUGCCGACUAGGGUUUUUGCUCCACACACAGUCACACACGCACACGCGCAGCCAUGGCGGAACAGACCGAGAAGGCUUUUUUGAAGCAGCCCAAGGUGUUUCUAUGCUCUAAGAAGUCUGGUAAGGGUAAGGCCCCAGGAAAGGGAGGCAACCGCUACUUUAAGAGCAUUGGACUCGGAUUCAAAACCCCGCGCGAGGCUUCUGAAGGCACAUACAUUGACAAGAAGUGCCCUUUCACUGGUAAUGUAUCCAUCAGAGGGCGUAUCCUUGCUGGAACUUGCCACAGCGCAAAGAUGAUGCGGACUAUCAUUGUUAGACGUAACUACCUCCACUGGGUGAAGAAGUACCAACGAUAUGAGAAGAGGCACUCCAACAUACCAGCUCACAUUUCCCCAUGCUUUCGCGUUAAGGAAGGCGACCAUGUCACCAUUGGUCAAUGCAGGCCAUUGUCCAAAACUGUGAGGUUCAAUGUUCUUAAGGUUAUUCCAGCUGGUUCUUCUGGUCUUGGGAAGAAGGCUUUUACAGGGAUGUGAGUUAGGCUAUAUGAGUUGUUUAAACUUUUUGAAAGGAUGUGUUUUGAAUUUUUAUUGUUUCAGUUGGUACUGUUAUCAGUGCCUCGCAGACGGCAAAAAUCUUGACAUUUUAUGACAUUUUUGUGAUAGUUUUCUGAUUGA